AGCUUUGGCCCCAGGUCCUUGAUUUUUGAAAUGGGAGCAAAGGUCCAAAAGAGUAUGAAGCUUUCACUUGGUUGAUGAAAUUGGUCCUCACAAAGUGCUGACACCAGUGCCUCACAGGAAGGUAGAUGAAACAGGUUAGAAGCUGCCCAUAAACGUUUCUAAUAUCAGGAAUCUUGGGAGGUUUCUUUGAAGACAAUUCCUGCCGGAAGAAUGGCGUCAUCCUCCCUACAGAUCUGUGCAUUGCUGCUGGCUUUAUCAGGAUUCACCACUUUGCUUGUCACUACCAUGUCCAACAGAUGGAAGGUUUUGGACGCUGCGACAGAGCUGGUCACUGCAGACUGGGUUUCUGAGGGUCUUUGGAUGGACUGCGCAGCAACUGCUCUUGGAUCAGUAGAGUGCAAGAAAUUUCUGUACAUGUUGAGUUCAGACACUCAUAUUCAGGCAUGCCGUGCCUUGAUGAUUACUUCCAUCCUUUUGGGAUUCCUAGCUACAGUAAUCUCACUGCUUGGUUUGAAGUGCACAAACAUUGGGUUGAGCGAUGAAGAUGGAAAAAUGAAGUUUGCUGUCACGGGAGGAUUUCUUUUCAUUUUAGGAGGUCUCUGCUCCAUGGUCGCUGUUUCUUGGUAUGCUGCAAUGGUUACUGUUCAGUUUUUUGACCCACUGUAUGCUGGAACCAAGUAUGAACUAGGAGAAGCUCUGUACUUAGGCUGGGCUGGUUCUCUUCUUUAUAUCCUUGGUGGGAUCUUACUGACCUGCUCAUGCAAAGGGAAGGAAAAACAGAAUUACAGACCCAACAAAUACACAUAUUCAGCAGGCCGGGCAGCUCCUCAGCCACACAUGUACUCCAGGAACACUGAGACCAUCAUAAGCAACAAGGAGUAUGUCUAAACUUACAUGUUGCAUCACCAGUAACGUUAGCAGGUUAUGAACUCAAAUAAAGAAGUGAACGACUUCCAGGGUUCCGGUUCCAAGUUGCAUCUUAUCCCUUAAUUCGGAGCAGUACAGGAAGAGGCAUGCUUUCCAAUGUAAAUAGGAAUGUUUUUCAGAUGUAAAUAGCUUUUUACAGAAGAUGUGAUGUGAAAUCCUGCUGCAAGAAGCUUUUCUGCAUGCCGAGAAGGCUGGUAAAAUUUAACCAGAGCGCAGUAUGUGCUGACACUCGAGAGCAAUGGUUUCCAUUUCAGCUGACUCAAACAUGUGGAACUGAUAGCUGUGUCUGACUGCGAGUUCAUGUGCCUCACAGUUAAAAAAGUAUUGUGUUUUCAUUAAUGUUUAGCUUCCUACUUUUGUUUAGCAGCUUUAGCUUUUGACAGAAAAUAAACUUUAUUCCACGGAUUGACUGGAA